AUGAAAAAGACUCAUCACUAUGGUCUCGAUGAUGCUGGUAUGAUCCCCGAAGCUUUUGAGUUACCAUCCAAGCAGGAGGUCAUUGUGCUGGAAGGGAAUGGAGCCGUACACGAGGUUCUCCCACAACAUCUUCUCAACGAAGAGGACGCCAAGAGUAACGUUUCAGCAUCGAGCACAGUAUCGGACCAAGAAGAAUUUGAAUAUAAACCCGUAACAAAUCUUGUUGAGUAUUUCAGUGAUGAGAACAAUAGAAAGCAAAUUGACGUUGUGUUGCAUUGUCUUGCCAAGUUAGAGGAAGAGUCGUCCGAUAAAACCAAGGCUGUGGAACACAAUGGAAAAUUUCAAUUUUUGUGCAAUAUUCUCUAUGAGUUGGAUAAAUAUGAAUUGGAAUUUUAUAUGCUUCAACUGUUAAAUACAUACAUGAUGAAAGCUGGAGAUGGUGACUCUCAUUUGGAACGUUAUAUUCUCGAAAUCUGUGCUCAUUCCAUGCAUUUUGGUAUUAAACUAAGCUGGCUUCUUGAUGCAGAGCUGUACACUCUCGAAAAUCAAUUGGCACAAUCACCAAACAAUAUCAAAUUGAAAAAGAGAGCUCAACGAGGAAUGAUAUUCAGAAAUCUAGUGGAGAAAGUGACAAUUAAUCAAGUAGUACCUAUUAAUUAUAUGAAUGACAACUUCUUGAACACGUCCAUACUUCAAGUCGAUGCAGAAGUGACAAGCGAAGAACCAACAGAUGAGGAAAAAUCAAAAAUGACCUCGUUUGUUUUACAGAACGUUUUUUCGAAACAAAGACGAUCGAAUUAUUUUAAUGAUGAGCACUAUUUUGUGCAUACACUCACAGAUUUAUCAUAUCGAUUGAAAGCCUACCCUCCUGGUGACAUUAGAAAACAUCGUAUGAAGGCAGAACUCGAGCGGAUCAAUCAAACCAUUCCAUACGGUGUCUAUUAUCCUCUAUGUGACUCCAAGACAAAACAUUGUAGAAUAUUGAGAGUGUGUACAGAUGCAUGCCGUGUUUUUAGUACCAAAGAAAGAGUUCCUAUUUUGUGUGUAUUUGAGGUUGUUCAAAGUGAACAUACAUGCAACCAACCAGAAAAUAUACUUCAAUUUGAAGAAAACCCUGAUGGAGAGUACAAGAUCUGGGAUUGUAUGAUCAACAAGACGCUUGAUCCUGGCCAAUUAAUCAGAGUUUCCUCCGAGCAUUCGAAUGAACCUAAAUCUACUCUGAAAAAAGAAAAUUCAUCCUCUAGUAUUAAGGCACCGUUACAUGAAGAAAAACGAACCUCCAUAGUCUCUAAUGCGGAACCAACAAGUCAUAACUCACCCAUGUUAGAAAAACCUAUACACAGCAAGUCAACCUCUGAGCUACCAAUACUACACAUUCCUAACCUUAACAAUGAUGAAUUUGUACUCAUUGAAAAAUCAGAUGCAGACAAGCACAUUGAAGAAGUUGCACAGGAAAUGGACUCGGUCUUUGGAGAGAGUUUUGAAAAGAUCAAAGCCAAAUACCGUACUCUCUCUCCUUACGGGAGCGUUCCUGGCUGGGAUUUGAAGUCUGUUAUUGUGAAAGCCAACGACGACAUCCGACAAGAAAUAUUUGCCAUGCAGUUAAUCAAGUUAUUUGCCCAAAUUUUUGAAGAAGAAAAACUUCCUAUUUAUAUCAGACCCUAUGAGAUUAUUGUUACGAGUGGCAAUUGUGGAAUGUUAGAAACCGUUCGUGACACUGUUUCCAUAGACGGUCUGAAAAAGAAAUUCCCUAAUUUCACAACACUCAAAGAUUAUUUCAUACGAGUGUACGGAUCACCAACCUCGAAUACUUUUAUCAGAGCUCAAACAAAUUUUGUAGAAAGUGUUGUAGGCUACUCCUUAAUCACAUACAUUCUGCAAAUUAAGGAUAGACAUAAUGGAAACAUUUUACUCGACAGAGAGGGUCACAUGAUUCACAUUGAUUUUGGUUUCUUUCUCGGUAUUUCUCCUGGUGGAGUUAAGUUUGAAAAUUCACCAUUCAAACUUCCUCAAGAUUGGGUUGAUUUAAUGGGUGAAUUGUUUGACUUGCACUUUAGACCUGUUUUUUAUGUAGCAUAUUCAGCUUUGAGAAAGCCUCGCAAUAUGAAUCGAUUGUUGAACUUGGUUGAAAUGAUGAUUGGAGCUAAUUACAAGUGUUUCGAUAACAAUCAUGCCAAUAUAAUGCGAGAUUUACGAAAUAGAUUUUAUCCAAAUCUUUCAGACGAUGACUUUGCCAAGACGGCUCGUAAACUUGUCGAUGACUCGAUGGACAACUGGUUUACCAAGAAAUAUGACCAAUAUCAAUACUUGACGAAUGGAAUUUUGUAG